GAUCAUAGCGUUCUACCGCGCACGAUAAUAUUAUUUCGUAUUUUCCUCGACCUCGCGCGUUCGCCGCCGCCGCUGCAGUCGAUCGCCCCGCGCCGCACGCAUCGCAUUGUGUUUCACCAGUUGCCCUGCCGCCGAGUGUAAAAGUUCGGACAGUCACGUUUUUAAAAAUUUUCCCAAACAAUUUGGAUUUAAUUUUUAUGGUCGUUCGACCGUCGUUUUUGUCGCCGGACGCGUGUAAAUGUGAGGGGGGAAAGAGUAAAUAAAUCAAAAAAUAGAAAGCGCUCCGUUUAUUCAGGCGAUACCUAUCAGAUUGCUUGCCCGGGCGUUCAUUUUUUUAUUUUAUUUUGUUUUUCUGUCCGCGAUUUACGGUAAAUAACUUGCGCGCCCGUUCACGAAACCGGCGAUCGAAUAUUAUCAUUGCUGUCGUUAACCAACGACGACGACGAUGAACAAGUGGUGGUUAACCACCGGCACGGCUGUGUUGCUGCUGCUCGUCGCUUGCGCAGCGGACGCAAAAAAAAAGUGGAAAGCCGACGAAGAUUUUGCAUUCGAAGAGGAAAACUCAAAGCCUGCAAAUGAUAUCGGCAAGUUUGGAGAGAAAAAGAGAUGGAUUCAUGAUCCGAAUAGUGACCUUUGCACACCUCUGCGUUGCAAAAAAAAAGAACUCUGUCUUCUUGAAGAUGCAUAUACAGCAGUAUGUGUGAGCAAAAAAGAAAUUCACAAGAAUGGCGAUGUGAUCAUAAGCCGAGAGAAAUUUAUGGCUGAAGAAGCAGCUCGAAAGAAAGCUCUUGAAGAGGCUUUAGCUGAAGACGAGGAUGAUGAAGACGAUAGUGAUGAUAUCGAAGAAGAUGAGGAAGAUGACGAUGAUAUAUUUUAUGAUAGUGGCAUUAGCAGUUCGUUGUCUACAAACAAUAGAUGCAACCCAUGUCCUGUAAUGAAGCCUACAUUCCUAUGUGGUUCUGAUAAUCGCACAUAUAGUUCACUAUGUCGUCUAGAUUAUCAUAAUUGUCUUCAUACUACAAACAUUAAAGUAAACUGCAAGGGAUUUUGUCCGUGCAAAGAACAAGAAGAUGUUGAACGUAAAAAACAAAAACAAGCUGAACGUAUGACAAACUUUAUGAACAAAUACAAAGCUACACUGGAAAGUGAGAAAUUGAAACAGAGUACUGUUGCUCCAGUAUCCAAGUAUGAAGAAAAGUAUAUUUUUGCACCAGAAGAUUUCAAGUAUGAAAACAAACAUUAUAAAUACAUCAAAUAUAUAAAAAACAACAAUCAAAUAUCCAAGAACUCUAAUUUUGAACCAAUAAAAGACAAACGCCAUGAAAAAAUGGAUAAUGAAAUUAUUGCAACAAACCAAAUAUCUCAUCCUUCUUGGAACAAAGACUGCCCACCUUCUGCAUUGCAAUCCAUGGGUGACCGAUUAUUGGAUUGGUUUUCAGUGAUCAUGGCUGAUGCUAAACGCAGACGUACAAAGAAUAAGGGAAAAGCGGUAAAAUUUAUUAAUGGAUGCAAGUGGGAAGUUCGUUGGAUGUACCAACAUCUGGAUUUGGAUUCAGAUGGAAAAUUGUCAUUACAAGAACUCUACGACUUAGAACAUGAUAAAAAUGAAAUGUGCAUUAAACCUUUCUUAGAUACUUGUGAUACUGAUGGUGACAUUUUUGUGAGCCCUUAUGAAUGGUGUCGAUGUUUUGACAAAACUGAUCGCCCAUGCACAGCUAUUAAACGAAGAAUAUCACCAAAUGCUCUAGGUGUUUAUGUCCCAGCUUGUGAUGCAGAAGGAUACUAUGAACAUACUCAAUGUCAUUCUUCAGUAGGUAUGUGCUGGUGUGUAGAUAAACAUGGUGUAGAAGUGCCUAACUCGCGUGUUCGAGGAAAACCAAAUUGCUCAGCCUUAUGGUAUGGAAAAGAAGAUAACCAAAAAGAUAAAUCAGUGGAUAAUGGUAUAUUAGACAGUGAUACUGAUAUGGAUGACGAAGAUGGAGACUCAGAAGUAGAAGGCAGCGCAGAUCAGUCUUUGGAAUUUUAAAAAACAAUUCUAUCAUCAAUCACUCUGAACAACUACUGAACAGUUAUAAUAAAUAAUAUUUUCCAACAAGUAAAGAGUGAACAAAAUUUGUCUAAGUUCAUAAUUAUCAUAACCCUCAACUACAAUGCAGUUUUUAGAUUCAGUGCUUUUUUUUUUUUUGAACAAUUUUUAUUAGUAUUAUAAAUUAGGUAUUAUGCUGUGUAUGUGUUCUAAAAUUAACAAAAACAUUUUUUUCUCAAUAGGAUUAACAAUGUUUAUACUCCAGAGUAAUUUGCGUAUUAUAUGUAUUAAUUAUUAUUAUUAACUAACUACUAUAGUAAAUGUACGGUUGUGUGUACUCCCAUUUUAUUUAAUGAAUGUAUUAAAAGUAAAAAUUAUUAGAUAGAUAACAGAUUAUUAAAUUGUAUUCCUCUUCCCCCUUCUACCUUGUGCCAUUUUUUUUUCACCAAACCCUUUCCUCUAACAUGUUAUAUACUUACUUUCAGUAGGUCAUUAUAUUAAUUUUAUAUUCGUUUUUUUUAUACAUUAUAUUUAUGAUUUAUGUUUUAAUUGUAUGAUUUAUAAAAAGUAUAGUGUAUUGCACUUUAAUUUUACAAUUUUUCUUAAUAUGUUUUAUAAACAGCAUAAUAUGAAAAUACUCCUGUAAUUAAAUUUAAGGUCACAUAAUUAAUUGUAUAUUAGGAGAUUUUUUUUCAUAGACUACAUAAUAUUAUUUAAUAGCUAUGGACGAGCAAUAGAUUACAUGGGUAAUAUGAUAUUCUUCAUUGUUUCACUUGUUGACUAAAUUGCUAUCAAUUAGUUUAAAUAACCUCUUAAAUUGUAAUCGUCCAAUUAUACAUAGUUUACUUAACUAAACAAAAUAUCAAUGUAGUUGUAAACACUUAAUUUUGAUAUUAUUAUUUUUGUCCAUUUAUAAUUAAUAAGGUUAUCUAUUAUUAAAAACUACAAAAUAUUGUACGAUUAUUCACAUUCGCAGAUUUGCCGUCCAUGAUUUUAAUUUGUAUUAUUUGUAUUAUUAUUUAUUAUUAUUAUUAUUAUUAUUUUUUUUUUUUUUGUUACCAAUAAUAUAUGAUCCAUAUUUCUAUCAUUAUGUUCUUACUAAUCUGAUUAACACAAAACUUAUCAAAUAAGAUUUUCAUAGAAUAUUUAAAAAUAAAUUAUUUGUACCAAAUUUAUUAAUCAUUAUAAUGUUGAAAUUUUUUAUUUCUCAAAAGUAUAAGUAGGCCCAUUUCUGCCAUUAUAGAUGACUUGUUGUUGUAUAGAUGUUUAGAGUUGUGUUUAUUAUUGACUUUGUCAUUUUCUCGCGUCAGUGGGUUUUAAUUUAAUUAUUAUCAUUAUGAUUAUUAUAUUAUUAUAAUUAUUAUUAUUAUUAUUAUGUUUAUUAGGUAAUAUUAUUUAUUGUAACUUAAAAUUAUAAUAUAUGAAUCGGUAUAAGUUGAAAUAA